GAGGCCAGUCCUUCGCCUACGGCGUGAGCAGCCAGUGGCUGGCGCUCUCUAUGAGCUCGGGGAGCCCACAGAGGGGCGCGGCCGAGCUGAAGCAGCGGGAGGGGUUCCUGAACGGCGUGAGUUGGUCGCUGUUCGAAGAGACCCUGGUGUCGGCCGGCAUGUUGAAGGGGCCGCCGGAGCACCGUGCGCACGACGAAGGGCGCGUGCUGGCGAUGCUGGUGCUGACGGCGAUCCACGAUAUCAUGAAGGUGGAGGAGCUCCUCCCCGUGGUGGACGCCAAGGUCGGGGGCUUCAGCGGCUACAAGGCCGGCGAGAAGAUCAGCGACCACGACUCCGCGCUGGGGUACAUCCUGCAGCACGUGCCCGAUGCGCUCCCUUCCUAUUUCGGGCUGCCAAAGGAGCAGCAAGCCCCUGUGAAGUUCACGCAGUGCAGCAUGGAGUACAACAUGGGCUGGCUGGUCCAGGCUGAGGCCCCGCCGGGCCCCCUGUUCGGCAAGUUCAGGCAGAUCAUCAGAGAUGGUGGCGCGAGUCCAGCCGACGUCUCAUUCUACUUCGUGCACUGGCUCACGGACCUAGCAGGCGCGGAGCCGUGCCCGAUCGAGGGUUGCGAGAAGUUCGUGCUGAAGUUUCCGCAGCGGGUCCUGACCUCCUUCCUCGGCUCCUUCGACUACGUGAAGCGGCUCGAGUCCCAGACCGAGAGCCAGGUCUUCGAGGAGUACCUGCAGUGGCGCUGGCGGGACCACAGCCCACCCAAGGAGCCCGGCAAGGGCAGCGUGGCGCAGCUACGACUAGCCGUCAUGGCGACGGGGCACGCAGAAGAGGUGCUGGACGCGUACGAGCGGCUGCCCGAGG